CUUACAGAUGGUCUAAUGAUAUCUGGACCAAGUUUAAGUCUAUGUAAUCAACAGCCAUGCGGCAAUUUGUGUACUGCACAGCAUUUCCAAACCUUGUAACUUUGUAAUAUUACAAGGGCAAUGAUUGCCACCAAAAAUCUGAAAUCCAGCAGAAAUAUAGGCUCCGGCGGAACAGGUUCUGGAACAGACCGGCUACUCGGCUUAAAUUUCAGGCCAGAUCCCCAUCAUAAUCAGCUUGUUGGAUUCAGAAAAUGUGGAUUUGGAACAAAGACUGAAUUCAUAGAAGAUGUUUCUACUUUCAAUAUAUCAUGAAGAUGAGGAGGGAUGUGAAACUUUUGUUAUCGGCUGGGUUACAGGAGAUGUGGGAUUUCUUGUUCCAAAUCAAUGAAAUCAUCAAGGGCAGUCAAUCUUCUUGAAAGUUUAAAGAGGAGAAAAUGUAACACUGAAAAGUAUAAUUACCAACAGCGGCUUUUGGGAGUUGCACGUUUAUUAUCGCAGAUGGUUGAACCUAUGGUGAAGGCAGCUAUUGAGAUAUCAUCUUUACCUGCUCGAUCUUUUUUCAUGGGAUUCUCCGUCACAAUUCUGGCCAUUCUUGGACGCCUUUGGGUUCUGGUCCAACAAGAGCACUCUGUAAACCUAAAUCGACAAGGAAUUGAGGUCGUCAGGGAGUACUAUCCCUCGAAUGAUGAAAUUGUAACACUGGAAUGUGUAUGGGAUAAAGAUAAGUUUGUUUUGCUUGAGAAAGUGAAUAAAUUUGAGAUCAAGAAGCGAGAAACAGGUUUGCAGUCAUCAAAUAUAAAAUAUCAGACUGUAGAAGCAUUCCUGGGACUUGGAGACCUUAUAAACAUCUGUGGACACGGAGCUGGCGGAUUUGCAGAACAACCCAUGAAUAUCAGCGUAAACGCAAAGGUUGAACUUCAUGAGUCUACCAUUGAUGAAGGCAGUGAAAGUAAUGAAAACUGAGACAAGAGUUCAGGCAUUGAUAAAGACGAAGUUGCUUGUCCAAGUCCAGAAUCUGCACAACCUCAAAUAGUAUUGAAGAGAAACGUAGCAUUUAAUUCGACUGGAAACCGAAAGUAUCCCAAACAAGUGAAAGCUGCUUGCUUAAUAAUGCGCCAAUUGCUAAUCUGCUUGCCACUAAAAUUAGCAAAUAAAAAGAAGAUCAUUUUUUUCAGUCUGUUCAUUAAUGGUACUGUAAAGGAUAGUCUUCUCUAAAUUUAGCUGGAUUUUUUUGGGUUUGCAAAGUCCAGUCUGCUUGCAGUCAUCUAGUUAA